AUGUCGGGUGGUGCAGCAGCAGCUUCGGCUGCCGGGUAUGAUAGACAUAUCACCAUUUUCUCUCCGGAGGGACGUUUAUAUCAGGUAGAGUACGCUUUUAAAGCUACAAAUCAGACAAAUAUCAAUUCGAUAGCGGUCAGGGGAAAGAACUGUACCGUGGUUAUAAAUCAGAAGAAAGUCCCAGAUAAACUGUUGGAGAGCUCGAGUGUCUCAUAUAUUUUCGCGAUAUCCAAAAGCAUUGGUAUGGUCGCGAAUGGUGCUAUCCCGGAUGCUAGAAACGCUGCAAUCAGGGCAAAAUCAGAAGCAGCGUCAUUCCGCUACAAGUACGGGUACGACAUGCCAUGUGAUGUGCUGGCAAAGAGGAUGGCAAACCUCUCGCAAAUCUAUACACAAAGAGCGUACAUGAGGCCCCUUGGUGUCAUACUCACGUUUUUGUCAGUUGAUGAAGAGCAUGGACCCUCGAUCUACAAGACGGAUCCGGCGGGCUACUACGUAGGCUACAGGGCUACGGCAACAGGUCCCAAGCAACAGGAGAUUACUACAAGGUUGGAAAACUACUUCAAGAAAAACUCUUCUUCGGACUACCUUGAGGAAGAUUCGUGGGAAAAAGUUGUGGAAUUCGCCAUAACGCACCUGAUUGACUCUCUUGGUACCGAGUUCUCCAAGGGAGAUCUUGAGGUCGGCGUUGCGCUCAAAGGUGAUUUCUUCGUGCUAACGGAAAGCCAAGUUGACGAAAGACUGAUCGCUAUUGCUGAACAGGAUUGA